ACUGUUCAUUCCUUCUCCUCUAGAAAUAAAAAAGUUAUUGCGUUUGAGUCAUGUACCGCACAUUUUGAACAGAAUGCAUGUUGUUCGCAUUGUAGUUGUCCCGCCUGUAGCUAGAUGGCAGAGUCUGCCUUGUACGUUUUGCCUGACACGAAAGAAGAAGAAACUUUGACUUCCUGAAUUAACAAACUGACAAACUAAGGUACAGAGGUUACUGUCCCGAGACCAUCGCUGGAAAACCAAAAGUGAUUGCUGUAAGAGCUCGUCGUGUUACCGUUGGCUGAGCCUUUCCAUAGCAUGAUGGACACUGAGGACAUGAACAACACUGAGGAGAUAGUCACACCGUCAGACAGCGCUUCUCUCGGGGAUGCCGUGUCUGGCAGAGGACAGAGUGGCACUAAUGAAGAUGAAGAUGAAGAUGAUGACGACCUGUACUACAUCCCUGAGAGAAGACCUUCUCUGGAUCUGGGGCCGAGUCCAAUGGAUACCAGCCACUGGCAUUUUGUGGACCAGGCCUUUCCUCCAGCUCUGAGCUACAAAUCAAUGAUAAGUGAGGGGAGCUCAUGCAGCAUGAACGACGAAGAGGGAUCCUCCACCAGGGUCCAGCUAAACAAAGCAGAUUCAUACUCCAGCUGCUACUCCAUGGACAGUGACGAUUGUGAAAAGCUCAUCCCCAAGGUUAAAAGCAAAGAUGAUGCUGUCUCAGAGCUUCCUGAUACACCGGAGGUAAUCCAAGUCCCAAAAGAGAGCCGGCAUCCUUCUCUGACAGUGGCUUUCACUUUCAAGGCUAUUUCUAAAACCCUCGGGAAGCUGUCCGAGGGGGACUUUAAGAGAUUCAAGAUUAUGCUGUGGAAGCAUUACCCACAGUCAUUCAACACUCCUCCGCAAGGCAUGGACAUGGUGGACCUGGUGGACCGCUUGCUCGAGUGUCACGACCUGGAGUCGUCUUUGCAGAUCACCGAAACCCUUCUUGGGGAAAUUGGGCAAAAGGAUUUGAUUGAUUAUCUCCAGACGUUGUGCCUCAGAAAUGAAGUACGUCACGAUUUAUGCAAGACUCUGAAGAGCAUAUACGGUGAAGUAUGUGAAGAUUUGGCCGAGCAGGGAGAGAAGAGGCCCGUUGACGAUGUCUUUGCUAAUCUCUUCAUAACAUCGACGUGUGAUAAUGGCCCAAAUAUUGAACAUGAGGUCAUGACCAUACCGAAGCUGGACAGCAACCGGAAGACAGCGAAGCUGCUUUCUACUAAGGAUAUUUUGAGCGCUGAAAGGGAGGAGAAAUCCUACUUAAAGUUUGUGCUGAUCACAGGAGUGGCAGGGUCGGGGAAAACUAUGGCAGUCAGAAGGUUGGUCCUCGAUUGGAUUGAAGAGCGGUCCCACCAACACGUGUCCUUCCUGUUUCCUUUGACGUUCAGAUACCUUAAAAACUACGAGAAUUCCAAGGUCUCCCUGUUGGAAAUACUGCACACGCUCUACCCAGAAACCAAAAAACUGAGGGAGGAGGACUAUCAAUGCGAGGAAUGCAAAAUGAUGUUCAUCGUUGACGGUCUUGAUGAGUACAAAGGGGAGCUUGACUUUCAUAACACUUCAACUAUCUGUAACUAUAGAGAACCUGUCACCUUGAACGUUUUCGUGGUCAAUCUCCUCCGAAAUAAGCUGCUCUGGCGCGCCCUGUUCCUGGUCUUUUCUCGGCCGCAAAUAAGACGCUGCGUUCCUUGGGAUACACGUCAUGAUGAAAUAGAUGUACGCGGUUUCCGUGACGAAGAAAAGGACGAAUACUUCAAGAAGAGAUUUAAGGUCCCAGAUCAAGCAGCUCGCGUUAUUGCGUACAUGAACUCCUCCAAAACCCUCCGCAUCAUGUGCCACCUGCCCGUGUUUUGCGUACUGGUGGCCGAUGAGUACCAGCACGUGUUGAAGGAACAGGGGCCCCGGGCGGAGCUGCCCAGCAGCAUCACCUACAUGUACACAAAGUUGCUGCUUGCACUCACACGUCAGCGUCGCACAUUUAGAGCUCCACAGCAAAGCCCAGAUAAAGAGAGAGAAUUCCUCAUGAAACUUGGGAAGUUGGCAUUCAACAUGCUGGAAAAAGGCAUGUUCAAGAUCACCAAGCACGACUGGAAAGAAGAGAAGGAUGACAUUGACAUCGAGGAGGCAGUGAACAACAGUGGCCUGUGCACACAGUACCUCACAACGCCAUUUGUCUUGUAUACUGAGAAUUCCAUCAGCUUUAUUCACCCCACCAUGCAAGAGUACCUGGCUGCCUUUUAUGUGUUUUUCUCCUUCAGGAACCAGGGGAAGAACGUUUUUGAGCAGCAGCUGAAGGACAAGAUGAAGGGGAUGUUUAAGGGCCACAAGACAAUGGAGCUGUACAAGAGCGCUGUGGACAGAAGCCUGCUGUGUGACGACGGCAAACUGGACAUGUUCCUGCGUUUCCUGUUUGGCAUGGCUCUGAAGGCCAACCUUGAUCUUCUCCAACCCUCCAGCACAUCUACUGUGAAGUGUUCGACAUUCAUUGAAGAUGCUGCUGCCCUCAUCAGGAAGAGGAUCAGAGAAAACGAGUAUCCUGACAGGAAGAGCAACUUGCAGCGCUGCCUGGAAGAGGUGGGUGUGCAACCCUCCAAGGCAGCAUCCAGUUGAUCCAACUUUUAAACACUGAUCGCUUUGCAAAAUAGUUUGGAAAAAAAAUAACUGCUGUGGCUUCCACUGAAUUCUAACAGGAGGAAAACUGUUUAAGACUUGUCUGUCUUGAUAUAGGAACAUGUUUCUCUCCUAUUCAACCAACAUGCACUUACGGAGCUUUAUACUGAUGUACCAAAGAUUUAGAAAGAGAAUCCUUUAAGGGGAAGGUGUUAGUUAUUGUGUGGACAUGGAUUUAAAGAAGCUGAAAGAUACUAAAGGGAUUUUGGGAGAAUUUUGUUCCCCUGUUUUUAUACAAUCAAAUAAUUUUGAUGGACAUUUAUUAUUGCUUGACGUGACUUAAAUUCCUAAAAGCCUCUUUAGCUGCACUAUUAUCACCAACUCAUGAGCAACAUGCCUAUUGCCCUUAGUCAUAAAUAGUAUAAUUCAAAAUAUGUAAAAAUGUAAAUAUUUUUGCUUCUUUAAGUUUUGUUAAUCCAUUUGUAUUGCUUGUUGGUCGCUUGCAUUAUUGUGGUGUUCUGUAAUGCAGUAAUCCUAUUGGAGAGCUGCAGCUCUGUAAUUGUUUAUCAUACACAGCUGUUGAUCACAUUGUAUGUUAUACAGGCUAUAGAAGUGGUACACAUUGGACAAAUAUUCUCUUUGGUAUAAAUAAAGCCGUUAAAUAUCUGGGGAAACCACAGGUUUCCCAUAAAACAGUUUGAAUGAA